AUGGAGUUGUCUGACAGAAGAGAGGCUUUUCGAGGCCCGCGUCCGAGUCCCGUCGCUAAAGCCUGUUCGGCAGGUCUCCGCUUCACGUCACUAUUGGCUUGCUCGACAGUCGGGCUGUGCAACGCCAUGGCAACUGACGAGACUGGCCACAAAGUUGUGCUUGAAAGUUGGAUAGAAUGUCUGCAAUUCGACAUCUCCUUUUGCUCUACUCUCUCCGGAGGAAGAGGAGAUGUACCAAUUUCACUGGCGCCGACAGCCACUUCAGCAAGUCGGUGGGCAUACAAGUGUUGCCUUGACAACCAAUCUGAAAGGUUUGUUCUGUCCCCUUCCAUGUCGCCUGUUGCAGGCACCAAAAUCGACUCGCAGAACCCCAAAGAGAAGAUGAUCGCGCUGGCGCUGUACGCGGCCAUCGGACUUUCGGUGUUCGCGAUGUGCUUCAAGUUGAUGGAGGAGGAGGCGGUGAACAAGAUCAAGCGCAUCGGCCGUUGGCUCGGCCUGCUCAAAGCGCCCACGUCCUACGCCUCGUCGGUUCAGGCGUCCGGCCUCGACGCCGCCAACAACUUGGCGCUUCCGGCCGCACUCAGUUACGAGCAACAAGGCCCAACCAACCUGUUGAGCCUGGCCGGGGAACCGCAGUCGGUCCACCGAGUCGCCAGCUCCGUGACUCUGGCCACCGUCAGCGCUCUGCAACUGGCUCCGACGAGCCUUGGACUCGGUCUCCAGGCGGCUGGCACGUCGACGCCGAGCGGCGAGAUCGCAGAACCGCUGCUCGUGCCGGCGCCGCCAGUCACGUUUGAGGCAAACCGAUCGGAUGGCGAUGUUGUCUUCGGCCAGAACAACCCGAAAAAGAGACGGAAAAAUGAGAAAAUCUCUGGCAGGCGUUCAACUUUGCGUCCAAGGCGAAAGACAAAACCGCACCUACCGGCUUUGCAACAGCCCAACUUGGUACCCGUAAUUCUGGUGCACGACUAA